UUUACUUUUCCCCCAAAAGUCGAAAGGGGGGGAUUGGAGUAGGGAACUCAUUUUUCUCUUUUUAGCCAUCUGAUCCCCAACCCAGUCCUCGGGACAACGUUGAGAACACAGGUGGCACAACGCAAAGUUUUGCUUUCCUCUUCUUCCCUGACUAUCUAUCUACAGUACUAGCUAGUACCGGUACGGUAGCUUAGCAGUGUGCAGAAUAUGGCAGAGGUACCGGUGGUAGAGGAGUGCAUAAGGGCUUUUCAAGACUUGUGGCGCUUCAAGGUCGAAGAUGAUUCUUCGACGGAACAGGAUACUCCAUUUUGGACAGAGGCGCAAACCAUGACAUAUCACUUUGAAUCACAAGAGGACCACGAAGGCGACUUGUUGCAGUCGUAUUUAACUUACUUACACGGUGAACCAGAGGACGAACAAGUCGCAGCUACAAUGGAUCGCUGGAAGUAUUUGUGCUUUGCAGCUUUCAGACAUGGAUUUGUGUUCCGGGGAGAACCUGUCAGUUUUGCUUGCGAGGUGACCGAAACUGCGUUGGAAUGUUUGGUUCUAUACGAUGACGGUGCAUACAUGUCCCUCCCGGACUGGUUCUACUAUUCCUUCUGGAUCAUCUUGGGCAGCUACUACCAAAAACUUGCAAAAUUGUCCUCGGACGGCAUCAUACAUGUAACUCGCAACAAACAGUUUGCCAGCAGGGCCAUGGACAUCCAUGAGUUUGAGAAGGGGGUGCUCUUUGAAUCACUAUCCGACACCAAGCCUGGCGAGACUUUCCUCUUUCUCUCCCAUCGAUGGCUCACUCCGGAACAUCCAGAUCCAAGAGGCAACGAAAGGACGCAAAUCAAAACACUCCUGGAUCGAACGCAAGGCAUGCUCGAUUUCCUUGUCAAUCCUACAUCACAACCUCUGGAGCAACUGUGGGUAAAUCAUUCAACAAACCCCCUUGAGAAUAUGUAUGUUCCAUUCGUCAGCAGUUUGGAGUUUUCCUUUGCUCUGCAUUUCUUUUCGCACCAACAAAAGCAGGUCAAAGUCUGGUAUGACUACUAUUCGAUUCCACAAGGAGCAGAUUCUCAUUCACAACGAGUACGGCACAGGUGUCUCGAGGAGAUUGAUGAUAUAUGCCGGACGGUUCCGGUGUUGGGGGUCAUGCCUGGCCGGGACUACUUCCGUCGAGGUUGGUGUUUCUUUGAAUGUUUGCAGUGCGAAUUGUCCAUAUAUCCAACCGUCAAGUUGCGAUUUUGGCAAGGCACCGGCAAACCAAAUAACAUGUUUUCAUCGGAAAAUGUAGAAGAUACUCUAUACACCAAGGAAAGGAUUCAGAUCAUUCACGGUCAAUUCUGUCAAAAGCUGGAAGCAGGAAUGAACCCGUUAGAGGCGUUCCAUGACCUGGGAAUCCAAUGCACAAAUGGCACAGACCUGCAAUUCCUUGCCAAUCAACUCGAACGACUGUCCAAAGGGCAAGACUCAUACUACUUGCCAGAAAAACAAUCGUUCUAUUUGGUUCAUCCCUUGUUGACGGCAUAUCGACUUGUGCUCCACCAAGCAUUUCCGGCAAAUCUUGCCAUCGAAGAUGCAGGGCAUCACUGGGCUAACUUCAUCCGGAUGGUAGGUUCCUGGAUUGCCACAUUAUACACAGCUCAAACAAAGACGCCUGCCGGAUUGUUUCGCUGUGGCUGGAGGCACCCACGGAGCGCGCUAGGAUACAUGAUUGAGAUGCAACAAGAGUGGGAGUUUGCUCCCAACUUCGCCAAGGAUGUAGCAAGAUUCCAACAAAAGCUAGAAAAAGUGGUCGAAGCAGCAGCCAAGAGCGACAACAAGCGACCAAUGGCGGAGCAAUGCCCCGAACUUGUUACAGAGGUGGCGCAAAGUCUAGACGAGCCUCAUUGGGUCGCUGUAGUUUUUGCGGGGUUGGGAUGUUAAGCGCAUAUUGAGAAAUUGCCCGGUCCACUAGAGGCAUUACUUUCUUCGUCAAGUCACCGUUACCGCAACUGGCUGCUACCUUUUCAACCACAACAAAAAUGUCAAGUGCAGAAGGAACGUCGCGCCUGCCUAUCGUCGUGAGGGGAAAUUCCUACACAAAGAACUCCUGCAUCCACAUGAAGCUAGGAUCAUCGCUUUGACGACAGCAACCCCACCUUUAUUCUGAAGCUCUGUCUCUUCUGAGGCUGCAUGGUGGGUUGACGACAACGGCUCGCUUGUUCUAUGGCAAUACCGGUAGUGAAAGC